GACUUAUACGAUCCGUGAAUCUGGGCUCCUGAAUACUUGGCCCCUCGCCAGUUCUCGAAUUAUCCUGCGACCCGUUCUCCCUGAUACACCCAGCCCGCCAGCGGACUCUGGAUAAUUUGCGACACCUGGUCUUGUGAUCGCCCCGACGCUGCAUAUCGACACUCGCGAUCUAUAUCGAACUUUUCGCGCAGUUUCAUCAUGUCCGAGCAACCGUACGACCCCUAUAUCCCUUCCGGCUCUAACGCCAACCCCAACGCCGCCAGCGGCAGCGCUACCGCAGAAAAUGGUGACAACCGGACACGGGAAAUCGACCGGAAAAUCCAAGAAACUGUCGAUACCAUGCGUUCCAACAUCUUCAAGGUCUCCGAGCGUGGUGAGCGUCUAGAUUCGUUGCAGGAUAAGACCGACAACCUCGCCGUGUCAGCCCAAGGUUUCCGCAGAGGUGCCAACCGCGUGCGAAAGCAAAUGUGGUGGAAAGACAUGAAGAUGCGCGUGUGUCUGAUUAUUUGUAUCAUCCUCUUGCUUGUGGUGAUCAUCGUCCCAGCUGUUGUCACCACCACUAAAUAAUGACGGUCAUGUUUUCUGGAGUGGAGGCAUUUCGCCCAGGAUCUCUGCGGUCAAGCCGCUGCAGCUUUUGUUUCCAGCCUCUAAUACCUUAUGUGCUUUUUAUUGGGCGUCAAUUCCUGCUGUUGUCACGAAUAAAGCCUUUGUUUAGCAGGCCUUGAACGCGACGAAUUGAUCUGGUUCUUUCGAAUGAGGGCUAUGCCACACGACUCAUCGACGGUGAAGAUGUAAAUGAUACUCUGGUGUUUGUUUUCCCUUUUUACUUAUUUUUUUGAGGAUGUGAUUACCGACUUUCCCUUUUGAUGUGCUAUUGUGCU